CAUACUAAUAGGAGCUUCGUUGUCAAACCUUUUGAGUUUGUGAUGAGCCAAAUUGAAUGCAGAAGAAUGAGUGGUAGGGAGCUGAGAUAAAUAAAAAGAAGCAUUCGUUUUUGGAGAAAGAAGCUCGGAGAUGUGGAUGGACGGUGGAGAUGAGCAAAUGCAAGAGCCAGCAAGCUGUGAGGAGAGAAUUUUCGUUUCAGUUCGACUGCGCCCUCUCAGUGAGAAGGAAAUAGCUAGGCACGAUAUAUCAGACUGGGAAUGCAUCAAUGAUAACACUAUCAUAUACCGGAACAGCCUUUCAGUUUCCGAGAGAUCCAUGUACCCAACUGCCUAUACAUUUGACAGAGUUUUCAGCUCCGAUUGCGCGAACCAGCAAGUGUAUGAAGCAGGAGCAAAGGAAGUUGCUCUUUCAGUUGUUAGUGGUAUAAACUCAAGUGUUUUUGCUUACGGACAAACAAGCAGUGGAAAGACAUAUACAAUGACCGGAAUCACCGAGUACGCCAUGACAGAUAUUUAUGACUACAUACAAAGGCACAAAGAAAGAGAGUUUAUCCUGAAGUUCUCGGCUAUGGAAAUUUACAAUGAAUCCGUCAGAGAUCUCCUUAGUGCAGACAGUACUCCUCUUAGGCUUCUAGAUGAUCCAGAAAGAGGGACAGUUGUUGAGAAACUCACAGAAGAAACACUGCGGGACUGGAAUCAUUUUAAAGAGCUUCUAUCGGUGUGUGAAGCUCAAAGACAAAUAGGAGAGACUUCUCUGAAUGAAACAAGCUCUAGAUCCCAUCAAAUUUUGAGAGUGACAAUAGAAAGUUCCACACGAGAAUUUUUAGGCAAUGGCAAACCAAGUACCCUUGCAGCCACUGUGAACUUUGUUGAUCUCGCAGGAAGUGAACGUGCAUCUCAGACAUUAUCAGCUGGUGCUAGGUUGAAAGAAGGUUGCCAUAUAAACCGAAGCUUAUUGACACUCGGAACUGUCAUCCGUAAGCUGAGCAAGGGAAGAAAUGGGCACAUUCCUUUCAGAGAUUCAAAACUGACCCGUAUACUUCAGUCUUCCCUAGGAGGCAAUGCUAGAACUGCUAUCAUUUGUACCCUGAGUCCGGCACGAACUCAUGUUGAACAAUCGAGAAACACCCUCUUGUUUGCAAGUUGUGCUAAAGAAGUGACUACCAAUGCACAAGUCAAUGUGGUUGUAUCCGAUAAAGCAUUAGUGAAGCGAUUGCAGAAAUUGGCUAGACUAGAGAACGAGCUGAGAAAUGCAAGAACGACUUCUGCUUCCUCUGAUUCUGCUGAAUUACUGAGAGAGAAAGACCUCGAGAUCGAAAAGCUGAAGAAAGAGAUAAACACGCUGAUACAGCAAAGAGAACUUGCUAGGUAUGAGGUUGAGGAACUGCGACAAUCGGUAAAGGAUGAAAGUCCCGGAGAUGAAAAAUCAGUGAAAAUAUGGGCAUCUCCAGAUCCUCAUUACCCCAAACUGCGAGUGCAAAAUUCGUGUGACUGUGAACAUUCAAACAUUGUUACACCUGUUAUGAAUGUCGGUGAUAGGUCCUUUACCCCUUCGGAUAGGCAAAGCUGCAGUUCUGAAGAGAGCUUCCUCCAGCUUCCUGACUUCAAAUCGAAAAUACCACAUCCCGGUUCCUUCCCGCAGCUGUCACCUAAAAUUCCAAAUUUUGUCGGAAGUAAUCGGCGCCAGGACGAAAAUGGUGAACUUGAUGAAAAUUCAGAGGCACCCUGCAAAGAAGUUCGUUGCAUUGACUCCGGAAGGUCAAGUAUGAAUAGAUAUUCAGACUCAAAUUUGUCAGAAUCUAGCCCGAAGAACUAUGAAAAUUAUAAUAAGUCUUCUCCAAGAGAAAACACGGAUAUUUCAGGAUUGAUGGAUAUUGGGAAUGAAGAUAGAUCAAAGCGAGAAUCUCUGUCAUUCCACUUGAAAAACAGUAGAAACCAUCCAGAUAUUGCUUUUCCAUCUCCUGAAAAACCAUAUUUAUGGGAGCUAAAAGAAGAAAUAUCUAGCCGUAGAAGCCUGAAAUUAACUAGGAGUAUAAGUUGUCAAGCGAGUCUGAUGACCGCUUUGACCUCAGAAUGGAUUGAAAGGCUAGAUAAGAAUGAGAGCACACCUCCCAUGGAGAAUGAGAAAGAUUUCCCUGGAAGACCAGAUAGUUUCCGGAAAAAGCUUCCUGCGUUAAAGUAUGACCUCCCAAACGAGGGGUUGUCUAGAAAUGGAUCUCAAAGUUCUUCAACAAGUGCUACCGAAUAUGAGCUUAAUGCCCCGAUAGCGAAAAAUGGAUCUCAAAGUUCUUUGACAAGUGGUGCUGCAAUUAAUCAUAUUGCUCCGGAUGUCCCAACUCCAGAGGAUCAGAAUAAUACUGUUUUCUCUACUUCCAUGGGAGGAACAGAAGAAAUGUAUAAGAAGCAACUUGCUGAUCAUGCGGUACAGGUCACAGAGCCCAUUUUACAUGGUAAGGAUGUUAAAGACGUUGGCUUGGACCCAAUACCAGAUAAUUGUGGAAGUCCUUCAGCAUGGCCUUCGGAAUUCAAGAGGCUUCAAAGAGAGAUCAUUGAACUAUGGCAUGCUUGCAAUGUGUCAUUGGUCCACAGGACCUACUUUUUUCUGCUAUUUAAGGGAGAUCCAAAAGAUUAUAUAUACACGGAGGUCGAACAUAGGAGGCUGUCAUUUCUUAGGAGUGUAUUGUCCCACGGUAAUCAUAUGGUGCAAAACGGAAAAGUUCUUAACCCGGCUUCAAGUGAGAAGGCUCUACGUCGUGAAAGGCAUAUGCUGAGCCAGCAGAUGCGCAAGAGACUCUCCUCUCAAGAAAGAGAGAAUCUCUUCCUUAAAUGGGGCAUCGGGCUGAACACGAAACACAGGAGGUUGCGGUUGGCUUACUGCUUGUGGACCGACUGUAAAGACAUGGAUCACAUUGCCGAGAGCGCUGCCAUUGUUGCAAAGCUGGUUGGCUUUGUAGACCCAGAGAAGACAUUUAAGGAAAUGUUUGGGCUCAACUUCACAUCAGGACAACAAUCAAGCAAGAGAAACUAUAGCUUGAAACGCAUUGUAUUGUCUUUCUUAUAGUAGAGGUGUUAUGUAAGAUAGGUUUCAUACAAAAACUUCUGUUUGAUAAUCCCCACUUAUAUGUUUCAUAUAUAUAUAUUAUAUAUAUCUGUUAUUGU